AGGUGGGCUUCGGUUCCCAGACCUGGAUAAUGCUCGUGCUGGAUACCAGUACAUGUACCACCAGCCACCAGCCACCAGCUCACCAGCCUUGACCACCCUGGAGCCUGUGAUUGAUUCUUCGAACUUCUAAUCUUCCAAAACGGCGAGCUUUUGAUGCGCGGGAGUUGAAGAAAAGGCUGGAUCUUCUAAACAGAUCAUCAACCAGGUUUGGGGAUAAAUCUGCAGAUUCUCGGAGUAGGAAUGGUGGAAUGGUGGCCAAAGAAGUGCCGAUGCUGUCACACUUUAGUUAGGGGCAGAUAUUGUGACGGUUACAAAGUAUCCGAUACUCCAAGAGUAUUCAUCGUCAUUACUUACAAGGAACAUGGAAACAGAUUUUUCCCAAUUCCGAAGGAGAACUGAGUUAAAUCCGAAUGUUCGCCUUCGUGUUCGUUAAUUCACAAAGAUAUUCCUCAGUAGUACCAGUAUGGCAUAUUUGGCAAAUUUUCAAAUUUGCGGCAGAGGUACCGUAGUUAGUAGCUAGCUAUCUAGCUAGUACAGAAGGUCCAAGACAGCAAGACAGCCCAAGAAGAAUUGGAGACAAAAUGGCCGCGGCAUAACGGUGGAGCUCAAGCAACAAACAACUGUUCUCUUUGACCUAGCUCUAGCUAGCUAGCUAGCCAGUCGACUCCAGCAAAUUCACUGUAGCCUCGAUUAUAAGAAUAGAGAUUCGAAGAAGAAAAACAGUAUCGAGAAUAACAGUUACUGGACCCUGCGAUUUGCAUUGUCUAUAAACGACAAUUUCCAGGGUUGACAAUGCCAACGAGAAAGAAAUGCUUUUGAAACAGUAUCAUACUGCCUUAUAUAUUUGCAACUUAUCUGCAUCCAGCACCGGUACGGUAUAGCUGACGAUAGAUGAACCUUAGCUCACACGCAUAGGAAGGAUACAUUUCUCCCAUUGGUAUGAAAAACAAGUCGGAGAGCAUUGUUGUCAUGUUGUCAGACUAAUAGCUUGACCAAAGAAAACUCCUAGCACUAUGCAUGCAUACAUGUGCAUGGCAUUGUAGUAUUAUGCUAGAAUGGCCUGAAAAAACAAAAAUAUCUUACGAACAAGUCAUCACAGUUUCAAAAAGUGACGAGAAACCAUGAGAACUUACAUGGAGCCCCUAAAUACCUAAAUUCUAUUUAGAAUAUGCAUAUGACUGUUUGGAGUCGAGUCGAGUCAGGGAUAUGGUAGUAAGUAGGUUUCUACACACUUCCUUACUGAAACCGGUUACAGUGCACCAGAUGCCCAAACUCUCCAAGAGCACGGUACGAUGCGGUUCUGAAGCACUGAGGGUCGCUGACAGCCCAAUACAAACAUGUUGUCCCCCUCAAUUCUCAGCUCAAAAAUUUGGCUCGACGAAUACGAGGUGGCCCGUUCUUGUCUUGUUGUUUUGUAAUAGUAGUGGAGGAGAGUGAUCGUUGGAGUUUGCCAUCUGUCCACUGAGAAAGAUCUUUAGUACUGUCUAUUGUAAUACAAAGACACCAUGACGACUCGUCAACGAUUGUCCAGUCGAAGCAACAGUUUCAACCACUUGGAUGCUGGCGGUUCGCAACACUCGGUGCAAGAACAAGCGCUGACUUCUUCUUCUGCCCACAACCGAGCUUCUUCUACUACCGCGGCUCACACUAAUAAUAACACUAGCCAUAAUAACCUCGGCACCAUUGACGACGCUUCCAGUACCAACAGUGGCGGAGACAUGGUGGCAUGGAAGAGUCACAACAACAAAACCAAAAAGACUCUUUCUUGUUGGGACUCGGUCGUUCAUGCCUGGAGAUCCUACAUGGACACGACGCGAACGUCCGUGAGCUACUGCGUGAUUGUCCUAAGCCGACACGCCGCCUCCAACCCCAUCAGCUAUCUCCUGGGAGUCCUCUUUCUCUCCUUUGCAUUGGCGGGCGUCGGCAUGCUGACCAACUUUAACAUGACCACCAAUGGCCGGGACCAAAUCACGGUCCGUCACAGUGUCACACGAGAACAGUACCGUUGGGUCUACGGCGACGCGGGCUUCCCCAGUCCACCCGAGUCGCUGCGCAUUGUGGUCCAUCAACAAGGAGACAAUGUGGUGACCAAAGAAGGACUCUUUCGGGCAUUUGACGUCGUCACGGCCGUUCAGAAGUACGAUGGAUACCAGGAACUCUGUGACUUGGCGGAACGCACCAACACGGCCGGUCACGGUGGUCUCUGUCACAUUCGAGGUGUUCCCUUGUUUUUCAAUCUCUCUCUAGCCAUGGCACAAGAACAAGUCCUGUCGGAUGUCGAUGUCAAAUUGGCCGUCUCGCGAGACAAACUGCCCGAUGAAUCCACCGUCGAUCCGCGCGAAUUCAUGGGACACAUUGAAUACUUUGAAAAUCUAUUCUCGACCAUUCGAACCGCCCAGUCGUUUCUCAUGGAAAUUCGCAUUCCGGGACACGUCGAACACUCCAACGACAUGGCCGUCGAUUUGUUGGAUGCGUUGCUCUUGAUGAGAGGCGAAUGGGCUUCCGAACAAGACAACAAUUAUGGUUUGGAAGUCUACUUGACCGAUCAUUCGUUGGAAGCCGAGACAAAGCGGGCCGUCUUUGAAGAUUUGCCGUUGAUUCCAUUGGUCUUUGUCAUUAUGACAGUCUUUACCAUGGUCGUCUUUUCGGCGUCUCAUAAAGAGGGGCAGCCGUAUCGGCAACGAUUCAUGCUCGGAUUUGGAGCCGUCGCCACCAUUUUGCUCAGUAUGAUCACAUCCUUUGGGGUCUUGUUCACUGCCGGUGUGCCAUUCACCAAUACGACGCAAAUUCUGCCCUUUAUCAUGUUUGGAAUUGGCCUCGACGAUGCCUUCAUCAUCUUUGGUCAGUUUGCUCGCACGGACGACAGAAAGUCGUACCAAGAUCGGAUUCAUGAAACAUUCCAAGAGGUGGGACUCACCACCUUCUUGACCACCAUCACCACAACACUGGCGUUUGGAUUGGGAGCCAUGACCACCAUUCCAGAAUUGCAAUGGCUGGCAAUCUACGCCUUUCCCACGGUACUCGUUGAUUGGGUCUACCAAAUUACGUUCUUUGUCGCCAUUAUCGUCAUUGACGAGGGAAGGAUUGCUUCCCGAAUUGAAAAAGAGGAACUGGAAGGCAUCGAACCGGCCUGCUGUGGCUUUUGGUCACGCAAAGUACCACAACAACAACAAGAGAUGCCAGACGAGCUAGAACUCGUGGAAAACAAUCACAAUAGCAACGACAACCACGACGGGACAGCACCUGUGGAUGGCAAUGGCGAUUUACUGGAACACAACCUUCUAUAUUCUACGACAGAGGACGUGAGCACUCAAGACAGCCGCGACCACGGAGGCAAUCCGGUCAAGGAAAAGGCAAAGUCCCUCGAUCCUUUGAAUGCAACAUCGCAACACACUUACCUCUCUCAUUAUGGCACGGAAGUCAAUCCCAGUGCGUUCGACCGAUUGAUGGGACGCUUUGCCGAUUUGCUACUCAAAAAGAACAGCAAGAUCAGUGUUCUGGUCUUCUGGGUCAUAUUCACGAGUCUACUGAUCUGGUCGUCGACGCUCUUCACACAAGAAUUCAACAUUUACAAAAUUCUUACCAGAGACUCGUACGUCUCGGCGUUCUUCAAGAGCGUCGAUGUCUAUGCCGAUCGUGGAUUCGUGGUACCGUCCGUCUAUUUUCGCAACGUGGAUCAGUCGGAUCCAGAAGUCCAACAGCAGAUGCAAGACUAUAUUGACGACCUUGUGAAGAUGGACUCAAUCACAUCCCAACCGCCCUUCUUUUGGUUGAAACACUUCCAAGAGUUUCUUACCUAUGACAAGCGUUUGACUGAGCUCACGUUCAACGAGCAGCUCACUAUAUUCUUGUCGGUGGAUGUCUUUCGGUUGUUGUAUGGGGACCAUAUUGUUCGAGACCCGGAAACUGGCGAUAUCAUUACUUCGCGUUGUGUCAUGUACAUUGACAACAUUGAAGUCGAGUCGGUGGACAAUCAAGUGAAAGCUUGGACGGAUGUCAAUGUUGUGACAGCAGCACAACCCAUCAACAGCGACGUGGACAUUUCUGCAGGGGACGGAUACCAUUUCUUUAUGCAGGAAGAUACGAUGUUAUACUACUGGGAAUUCCUGGGAGCGAUGAUGGGAGAACUCAUCAUGUCGAGCCUCUUUGGGGGGAUCGGAGUGGCGGUGAUUGCCGCCGUCUUUCUUCCGCACUGGUCUGCACCAGUGAUUCUGGUCCCGAUGAUUGCUAUUCUCUACAUUGACCUUCUAGGUUUUAUGCAGAUGUGUGGUGUCCACUUGAACAUGAUCAGCUGCUUCGCGGUGAUUGUGUCAAUUGGGCUCCUUGUUGACUUCAACAUGCACAUCCUGAUGGCAUACUACGAAUCGACGCAUUCCUCAAGGGAUGGCAAGGUCAAAGAUGCAAUGCAGAAUAUCGGUUCAUCGGUUGUGAUUGGGGGCAUCUCCACAUUUUUGGGUGUGGUCCCGUUGUUUUUCAGUAAGAGCCCUUUACUCCAAAACCUGUUCUACGGAUUCUGGGGCAUGGUCAUUCUUGGUACAUUCCAUGGCGUGAUACUGUUGCCUGUCAUAUUAUCAUACUGUGGGCCGCUUGGAGUCAAGGUGAAACACACACUUGUCAUCAUUGACAAAGGCGGUGACAAAGACAGCGAAUUUGCCGAGGAGGACGACGACGAGAUGGCGGUGGAACAGCCCAGGUUCAGUGGCCAGCAGACGGCUUCGUUGUGCCACUCCUCCACCCCUUCAGAAAUAGCCACGGGUGAUCUGCUGCGCCUGGCCUCCUCAGACUUGGAUGAUUCACCACACAAUCAGGGUUUGGCACAGAACCAGGGUUCACCUUUUCGACAGGCGCCUAGAGGCGACAAUGCCACCGCGGAGAUUGAGACAGAAGAGUCGUCCUCACCGGUAGAUGAUUCCAGUCGCUUUUUCGAUGAGGGUGUGCGAAGGACUUGGACGUCACCCGCAGCGCUGUCUCCGUUGUCUUCUGGUGAGAAAGGAUCCUUUGAAUUUGACGUUGACGACUUUGACGAGGGUUCUCCUGUAGCCCGUCCAUCCAGUUGCUCUUGCUGAUGUCGCAGGCAACUUCCUCUUGGGAAAUUCUAGGAAACUCCCUUCCUCGUCUUCCUUCCGUCUCUUCCUCGAGACGAAGGCCCUCCCCUCUGAUGGGCAUCUGACUGCUUGUGAAUAGAUGAUCCGUGUUCCAUUUGGAACAGGAAUCUGUAGCUAAAAGUUUCAUUAAAGUAACGAAUUAGGUUUGCAU